AUGGCCACUGCACAGUUGCAGAGGACUCCCACGAGUGCAGUGAUAUUUCCUAAUAAAAUAACAAAUGAGCAGCAAUCUUUGAUGUUAGUGAAGCGGCUCCUAGCAAUUUCAAUAUCCUGCAUCACGUACUUGAGAGGAAUAUUUCCAGAAUGUGCUUAUGGAACGAGAUAUCUAGAUGAUAUUUGUGUCAAAAUUCUGAGGGAAGAUAAAAAUUGUCCAGGGUCUUCACAACUAGUGAAGUGGAUGCUGGGAUGUUAUGAUGCUUUACAGAAGAAAUAUCUAAGAAUGAUUGUUCUAGCAGUUUACACCAAUCCAGAAGACCCUCAGGCAAUUUCAGAAUGUUACCAAUUUAAAUUCAAGUACACCAGUAAUGGACCAAUCAUGGACUUCUUAAGUGAAAACCAAAGCAAUAAAUCUAGCACGUCACCUGCUGAUACCAAGAAAGCAAGUAUUCUCCUCAUUCGGAAGAUUUAUAUUCUAAUGCAAAAUCUUGGACCUUUACCUAAUGAUGUUUGUUUGACCAUGAAACUCUUUUACUAUGAUGAAGUUACACCCCCAGAUUACCAGCCUCCUGGUUUUAAGGACGGUGAUUGUGAUGGAAUAACAUUUGAAGGGGAGCCUAUGUACUUAAAUGUGGGAGAAGUCCCAACACCUUUUCACAACUUUAAAGUAAAAGUCACCACAGAGAAAGAACAAAUGGAAAAUAUUGAUACACUUCUACUAUCAUCAAAACAAUUAAAAACACCCUUUCAAAAAAUCCUGAUGGAUAAAGAUGAUCUAGAAAAUGAACAGGAGCAUUAUAUAAAUGAUGAUUUUGACCUUGAAACUAAAAUGGAAGAGCAGAAAAAACAUCCUGGAUAUUCUGAACUUGGAGAACCAAGUUUAGUUUGUGAGGAGGAUGAAAUUAUGAAGUGUAAAGAAAGUCCAGAUCUUUCCGUUUCUCAUAACCAGGUUGAGCAGUUAGUCAACAAAACAUCUGAACUUGUUAUGUCUGAAAGCAAAACAAGAAGUGGAAAAAUCUUUCAGAAUAAAAUGGCAAAUGAAAAUCAGCUAGUAAAAUCUAAAGAAAAUCGGAAGAGAAGUCAGCCUGAAUCUAAGAAAAAUGUACCCCAUGACUUUGAUUCUCCUAGUCAAGAGUCAAUCCCAAAAAGGAGAAAGUUUAGUGAACCAAAAGAACAUUUGUAA